AUGUUUGGUUUAUUACAUCUCCUAACAUUUUUAACGUUAUCGGCAACGGCAAAACUAGUCACUAAAACGACCGAUCUCUUGUUAGUAUUACCUGAAUCAGCCAAAUAUGGUUAUGUAUUAUUUGAAGUCGGUGAUCGAUCAGAAAAUGAUUAUAGAAAAUGUCAAAAAACUGCUGUAAAUCAUUCAUUGAUUAUCGAUAAAUAUGGUGAUCUUAUAUUAGGAAAACAAUUAGAACAAAAACCACUGAGCAACGAAUUAUUUUGUCGAAUAGACGGAAAUCAGUCUAUCCUCAACGUCUAUUAUUCGGUAAUAUCUCUAUCUUCUUAUUUUGGUUUUGAUUCGCCUGUUUAUCAUUUAUACCAAAAUGAACAUGAACCACAAUAUUCUCAAUUAGACGUUGAAUAUUUUUCAACAAUUAAAUGUUUACACAGUAACAAUGAUGAAAAAACUAAACACGAACCAAUUGUCUAUGAUUUGGUUGAUCAUACAUCUCGUACACAAUUAUUUGGUAUUACCUACAAUAGUAGAAUAGAUGAUUCGAUUAAAUUAAUAAAUAUGAAAACAUUUGAUUAUGAUGAUAUUGGUGAGAAUAGAAAACAUAUAUUAAUUAUUCGAGCAACAAGUAGUAAAACAAAAAUAGAAUCAUAUGCAAAAUUAAUUGUACAUAUUUUAAAUCAAAAUGAAAAUUCUCCACGUUUACAACAGGAACAAUUUUUAUCAUUUGUUCAAUUUAAUUUGAAAGACGAUCAACAAUCAAAUUCAAUUAUUGGUCAGAUAAAAGCAUAUGAUUUGGAUGAAAACGAUCAUUUUGAAUAUCAGUUUGUUACAAAUCAAACAAAUGGAAAUACAACUGGUCCUUUUUCAAUUAAUUCACAAACGGGUGAAAUUCAAAUAAUUAAUCGUAAUUUAUUAGACUUUAAUGUUCUAUUCUAUCAUUUGUAUGUUAUCAUUAUCGAUGAAUCAAUGAAUAAAAGUCCAAUUAUUGAUGUUUAUAUCUAUUUGCCACGAAACAAGCAACAUAAACAAUCAUCAUCCAUGGAAACGACAAUAAGAGAGUCAAAUGGAAAAUCGAUCCAUCGUCAUCGUCGUCAACAACAAUCUCAACCAGCACCAAGUCGUUUACAAUUACGUUUUAAUGAAAGUUUUACGGGUAUUCUCUAUCAUAUUAAAUAUUGUCGAAAACAAACAAAUGAAGAUUAUAUUGAAAAAACGUUUACAUUUCCACAAAAAUAUGAACAAUAUUUAAAUGAACGUUUAACAGUUGAUAAUGAUGGACAAUUGAUUAUUUUAAAACGUUUUAAUUAUGAAUAUUUUCAAUCAGUUAAUUUUCAAUUUCAUUGUCUUAUUACUGAACGUCAACAAAUGACACGUGUUAAUAAAUCCGAAGAAAUAUAUAUACAAAUUGAUGAUGUCAAUGAUGAAUUACCAAAAUGGAUUAUGGAUGAACCAUAUCAAUUUGGAACAUACUAUGGAUAUGUGGAGAAAACAGCGCGACCAGAAACACCCGUAUUUCGAUUUAAAGCGCAAGAUGUUGAUACACAAUCACGUUUAACAUAUGAAAUUGAAGAAAUUCUACCGAAAUCAGUAGCAAGUCAACAAUUAUUUCAUAUAUCACAAGAUGGAACAUUGACAACGCAUAGUAAUCAACAAUUAUCAGGUACUUACAAUAUAACGGUGAAAGCAAUUGAUGUAAAUACAAAUCCGUUAUAUAACUAUAAUCGAUUUAUUCGUACGUAUCUAUUGGUUAGUACUGAUCGUGUUGAUCCGAAAUUUUAUCAACAAAAAUAUGUGUUUAAUGUGUCAGAAUAUACUCAACCGUCAACAAUUGUUGGUUCAAUAAAAGCCAAAUCUUAUUCAACAACACAAGAUAAUUUACGCUAUUUUCUACAGCCAGUAAUUAGUAUUCAUUCCGAUAAUUAUGAAUUUAAAAUUGAUGAAACAAUUGGUACAAUUAAAAUUUUAAAACUUUUACGAUACAGUGAUCAACAUAAUAAUAAUACAAAACAUUUUCAUGGUAUUGUUAAAGAAUUAAAUGGUUGGCAAUUGGAUGCUCGUGUUGACAUUGAAAUUCAUAUUAUCGAUAUUAAUGACAAAACUCCUACGUUUAAACAAACAUAUUAUACACCACAAAUAUCAGAAGAUUAUCCACUCAAUACACCGAUUAUUAAUUUUACUGUUACAGAUGAUGAUGCAAGAAAUUCACAAAAUUCUAACAUUACAUUGGAUCUUGUAGAUUCAUAUGGAAAAUUUUCAAUUUAUUAUGAUCCAAUAUCAACGCCAAAUAAUAUUCAAGCCUAUUUAAUAGCAAAAGAACGUCUUGAUUAUGAAUCAUUAUCACCACUUGAUCGUCAAUAUAAAUUAAGAAUAAUUGCGAGAGAUAAUGGUCAACCAAAAUCAUUACAAAGUGAAGCUCAAAUUUAUAUUACUGUGACGGAUGUGAAUGAUGAACCACCAAUUUUCAAAGAUAAUCCAAUACAAAAGACAAUUGCUGAAAAUACACAAAAAGGUACAACAAUUGUAUUUGUCGAUGUACAUGAUACAGAAUAUAAUGAUAGUGUUACAGUUCAAUUUCAAACACAACAAAAUAAUCCAUUUCGAAUAAUAACGAGUCCGGGUGGUGGACGAGUAAUUCUUGAUGGUCAAUUACAAGAAGAAUUUUAUAAUUUAACAAUUCUUGCUUAUGAUCGUUUAAAUCAUACGAGUCAAGCUCAAUUAUUAAUAACAGUGUACGAUGUCAAUGAUCAUACACCUGAAAUUGAAAAUUGUCAACAAGGAAUUAUUACUAGUAAAGUGAAAGAAAAUGCUACAAUUAAUACACCAAUAUUGAAAAUAAAUGCAACGGAUAAAGAUCGUGGACUCAAUGGUGAAAUUUUAUUUUCAUUAAAAGGUGGCGGUGGUAGUGGAGCAAAUGGUGAGAAUGAUGGAUCUAAUUCAGGAACAGAAUCUGAUUUGUUUGCUAUUGAUUCUGAAACGGGUUUAAUUUACAAUAAAAAACGUUUAAAACAUUUAAAAAGUGGUUAUAGUGAGUAUACUAUGACUGUCUUUGCACAAGAUAAAGAUCCACAAAAUCCAAGAUCAACACAUUGUAUCAUUAAAAUUAAUGUUGAAGAUAUUAAUGAUCAUUAUCCGAUUAUAACAUCACCAUCACGUGAUAAUGAUUUAAUAUCAAUUAAAGUUGAAAAACGUAUUAAUUAUCUAAAUUAUGCUGUAUUAACAAUACGAGCAAAAGAUGAUGAUAGUGGUAAAAAUGCACAAUUAUCAUUUUCAAUUAAAUCAAAACCAGAAUGUGCUACUAGUGAAACACAUUUUACCAUUGAUUCAUCGUCUGGUAUUAUAUCAAUACGUCCAUCAAAAUUGGGUGAUAUAUUUCAAACACAAAAUAAAUAUUGUCUCGUCAUUCAAGUAUGUGAUCAAGGUGAUGAUCCAAAAUGUGUAGAACGAAAAGUUAACUUUCAAUUAUCUCAAGAUGGUUUUGAACCACCCGUUUGGGCACCCGAAACUGCGCUCACAUUUCAACGAGUAAUGAAAGUUGUUGAAUUAGCACAACAAAAUAUUGUUAUUGAUACAUUUAAAGCAUCAAUUAGUAAUGAUUCAACAAAAAAAGUAAUAUUUGAAAUGGAACCCGUUGAUUGGAAAUGUCAUAAUAGUCCAAUAACAAAUGAAGCACCACGUAUACCAUUUCUAUUAGCACCCGAUGAAAAUGGUCGAAAUAUUGCACGUCUCGUUAUUUAUCAACCAAUUGAUGCUGAUCCACCAACGGGUUGUACUCAUUUUACAUUCAAAAUUAAGGCAAAAAAUAGUGCCAUGGAAGCAUUAUCUGUUGAAAGUUUAUAUAAGAUUGAAAUAAUUGAUUCAAAUGAUAAUAUACCAAUAUUUAAUGUUAGUUCAUAUAGAGCACAAAUAUACGAAAAUGAAGUAAAAGAAAAUAUUUUGAGAGUACAAGCAGAUGAUAAAGAUAUUGAUCCAAAAAAUAGAAAUACAACAUAUUUUAUUAGGUGUCAAAAUAAUGCUGGUGGUAGUCAAUCUAGUCAAGUAUCAUAUUAUUCAAAUAAUCCGGUAUCAAAUUCACUUUCAUGUCAAGGUAUUGUGUCGAUUGAUCCUGAAACUGGUUGGAUUAGUGUUCAACGUCAGUUUGAUUUUGAUAAUCCAAACGAUAGACGUUAUGUAUUCGAUGUAUUUGCCAAAAAUAUUUUACCAUCGGAUCGAUGUAAUUCAAAUAAUAAAGAAUCACAACAACAACAACAAGCAAAUGGUGCUGAUUCUAAUCCAACAAUACAAAUAUGUGUCACUGAACAUCGUGUACCUGUUAUCAUUGAAGUUCUUGAUCGAAACGAUAAUGCACCAGUUUUUCAAGGUCAACCAUAUUUAACCAAUGUAUCUGAAGAUGCUGAACCGGGAACAACAAUUUUUCAGUUGAAUGUUAGCGAUGUAGAUACAGAUGAUAUUUUAACAUUUAAUAUUGUAAAUGUUCAAGAAGCAUCAGCAUUUGCUGUCAAAGAAAAUACGGGUGAAGUCUAUUUGGCUAGUGGUUUAGAUUAUGAACGUGUACAACAACAUCGUGUCAUCAUUCAAGUUAGCGAUAGUAAUAAUGAACAUACAAAUCAAGCUGAAUUAACUGUUAUUGUUGAAGAUGCGAAUGAUAAUCCACCACGAUUUCUCAAUUUACCAGCAACAAUUGAAAUUGAAGAAGGAAAACAAGUUGUUGAUUAUGAUCAAUUAAUGAAACAACAACAACAAAAUGGAAAUUCAUAUUCAGAUGAAAAUUAUGAAAGUCCAUUGUAUCGAAGAUUGAAACGUCGUAGAAGAAGACGAGCUACAAAUUCAAGAAAAUAUAACAAGCAAAAUGAAGCAAAACCUUCACUUAGAAAACCAACAAAACCAACGGAAAAUACACUGUAUGAUGUCGACCGUUAUCGUGCAACAUCAUCGUCGUCUAAUAGUUAUCAACGAUCAAAUGAAUAUAACUCUCGUGUGAUAUAUACCGUAAAAGCAGAAGAUCCCGAUAAAGGUCGUCCGGCAAGUGUUGGUGGCAUUAAAUUUACAUUAACAUCGUCGAAUCAACAAUAUACAGAUUAUUUUGAAAUUCAUCCAACGAAUGGUACAAUACAUUUAAAAAAAGAAUUGGAUCGUGAUCCACCCAACGGAUUCGAUGAAUGGUUAUUGACAAUUAUCGCUGCUGAUGAGGGUGGAUUAGAAGGAUCAAAAAAGAAUGCAUCAUGGCUAAAAAUUAUGGUGAAAGAUAUUAACGAUAAUCCACCAAUUUUUAUUGAUGUUGAUCCAAUUGGACAUAUUGCUGAGAAUGCGAAAAAAGAUACACGUGUCGAGGGUUAG